AUGAAUAGUCUUCGUCGUUCAUCGAUUUCAAGUCGUUCGCAGCCACUGACUCUUCUCGAUGAAAUCGAUCAAUGGGAACGUGGAACGUUACUGCUUGUUAGACAAACAGCUGAUCAAGCGCGACAACGUGUAAAUACGUUAACAAUGCAAAAUGACCUUGGUUCUGGAAAAGAUUCUAAUGAAUUUCGACGACGUAGUAGUACUGAUACUUCUAUUGAACAUUUAAAUUUAAGUCUUAGAAAUCUUCAAACAACAUUCAAUACUCAUUCACCUCGUAUUCGAUUGAAUAUAACACCUAUUGAUUGGUCAAGUAUACUUCGUGUUUAUUCGGAAACAUCAACAAUAUAUAACUAUAAUAUAUCAACUCCAAAACAAGCGUUUGUUGGUGGAACACUUUUAACUCAAGAAGACCAAUUUCAAUUAAAUAAAUUCUAUGGAAAUGAAAAUCAAAAGUGGCGCUUAACCUAUAAAGCUACAACAGAUGGUUUUACAAUUGAGGAUUUUCAUCGUUGUUGUGAUAGUCAAGGCCCAACAAUAGCUGUUAUUCAAUCUUUAGACAAUUAUCUAUUCGGUGGAUAUACAUCAGUGAAUUGGAAUUUUCAUCAAGGAGCGAAAUCUGGUUUUAUGGAUCGAACUGCAUUUCUAUUCACAUUAAGCAAUCCUCAUGGAUUACCACCUACUAAAUAUUCAAUUAAACCAGCAGGUGAAAAUGCGAUAGUACCCAAUGCAAUGGGACCUACAUUUGGUCAAUAUGAUAUUUGUGUUUAUCCGAAUAGUAAUUUAAAUUCUCAAAGUUUUAUUAAAUUUCCUUCACAUUAUUUGGAUUCAACUGGUAAAGGCUAUUUGACAUUUACUGGUUCAACUAAUUUUACAACAGCAGAUAUUGAAAUAUAUCGUUUGGCGAAUAUGUGGGAUUAG